ACUCCGAUCUUUGCUUCUUGAAUACUCUCUCCGCCAUGGAAAUUUUUUUCUCCCUGCGAUUUGCGCUUCUCUGCGCCGCGUCUUUCGCUGCCAUACUCUACGGCACCAAGGCCACGGCCACAACCGCCACCCCUGCCACCAACCAAGGAUUCGAAGCUCCCUUCCCGCCAUCCAAUCCUCCACAAACUCCGCACAAUAUCCAAGAACACUCGUUCUUUUCUCACACCGCGCUCCUCCCUCCGAUCUUAUCUCACCUCGGCUUCCACGAGCUGGCAACGGCGGCACCGUCGCUGUCUGACGCAGCAACCACCGCUUCCUCGGCCUGGAAUGGUCCUUCCACAAUCUUUGCUCCCUCUGAUGCCUCUCUCCGCACCUGCGUUUCUUGCUCCGUCCCGAACCUCCUCCGCGAACACAUCGUUCCCGGCCUCUUCACCAUCGAUUAUCUCCGGAAACUUGCUUUCGGCACCAAGAUUGAGACCUUGAGUGCAGGACGUUGCAUCACUGUUACCUCCGAGACGCAUCAUCUGAAUACUAACACCUACACCAACAACAACAACAACAACACCAACUACACCAUGGCCGCCGCAAAGGUUUUCAUCGGUGGUGUGGAGAUCACGCAACCGGAUCUUUUCAACAACGGCAUGGUAGUUGUUCACGGCCUUCAAGGUUUCGUCUCCCCUCUAUCCCCGUUCUCUUGCGAGGUGGAGAGGAUGACGUCGCUCUCGUUUCCGUUCCAUCCGGAUCAACGUUCCGGUCACGGUCAGCAUCAUCUCCCCUCUAACAACCCGGCCGCGCAACCUUCUAUGAUGCGCUUGAUGCUCCGAGACGCGAUGCUCAGGCUCCGCAACAAUGGCUUCAGCAUCCUCGCCCUGGCGAUGAGGGUGAAGUACGCGGAGCUCGUGACCCUCAACAACAUGACUGUGUUCGCCGUCGAUGACAUGUCCAUCUUCUCCGGUUCGCACACUUACAUCAGUAACGUCAGGUUCCACAUUGUGCCGAACCAUUACCUGUCGAUUGCGGAUCUCGAGAAGCUUCCGCUGGGAACUGCUCUGCCGACUCUGGAACGAGGUCAGCCGCUCAUCAUCACGACCUCCGGCGGAGGAGAGGCGUCGGCACCGAUGAGGAUUAACUACGUGAGGCCUAAGGUUGCGGAUUUGAUUCGCAACGUGAAGAUCGUGGUGCACAGUGUGUAUUUGCCGUUUCCACAUAUCAAUCCUGUGGCUGCUGUUUAUGAUACUAUCGUAGGCGGUGAAGGAGCCUCAGAAGGAGAGAGUGAUGUUCCAGAUUCUGCAGAACAGACGCCGCAGGGAACUUGUUCUGCUAUUGAUGGACGUGGAAGUUGCGUCACUGGUGUGCCUCCAAUGCCUCACGCCAAGGCAAUGGUGGAGAUUGAAGACCACCAUGGCCUGUGAAUAAUUCCGUCCUCAGAUUCACGAUGUGAUCUGAGUGAAAUUUGUAGUUAGUUCACUUUGUUAUCGAUGUUAGUUCUCAUUAGCUUGAGUACUGUGAAAUGUACGUUCCUUUAGUUUGAGCUCGACCUGUGUAUAGUCUUAUUCAGUCAAUCUUGUUGAUUUUGUUCUUCAAUAAAACCUUCACAAACGUUUAAGUCCGUUA